AUGGAACAACCAAGAAAUCGACAACCGAAACCAGUUUUUACCAAUGAAGCUCUAUCAAUAAUCUUUGACAUUGUUGCGACAAAUUGGAUCGAUUACUCAACUGUUGUCAACAAGGGAUCAUCACAAUCCAAUGCAACUAGACAAAAAAUUUAUAUAAAAAUCUUUGAUCGUUUGCAAAUGGAGAGAAUACCGGUUGAGUUUACUGAAGAACAAUUGGCGAAAAGAAUUUCGAAUGAUUUGAGUCGACUGAGGAAAGUUCUCGCGUUGGAGAUGGAAACUGGAGCUUUUGCUAAACCAAAAAUUCAUUUGGAAGUUUUAGAGAAAAUUUUGAGAGAAGAAAUGGGAAGUCAAAUUCCAAAUUGGACAAAUGCUUCAUCGAUUGAGAAACUUUUGAGAAUAACAAGUGAACAAGAUGAAAGCUAUCAAUCCAUUCCGAAUAUUGAGAUGAAAUUUGAAGCUUUAGAAGAAUCGGAGAACUCGUUGAGCUACGAAUCACCAACAACUAUUGAUCCUAUUGAACCAUCCAAGAAAAAAGGAAAACAGGAAUUGGUUCAAGAAGAACAACUUAAUGAAGAGAUUCUGAAAGAUAAGAAAGAUUUCUGGGAAGCACGGAGAAGAGCACAAUUGGAGUUGAUUGAAUUUCAGCGAGAGGAACACAAAGCAAAAAUGGAAAUGCUUGUGAUGAAGAAGAGAUAUUAUGAAGCAAUGAUAAGUGGGAAACGGGAUUUCAUU